AUGGAGAAUAGUCUUGGCUGUCUUUGGGUACCCAAGCUGGCUUUUGUACUCUUCGGGGCUUCCCUGUUCAGCGCGCAUCUUCAAGUCAACGGUUUCCAGAUUAAAGCUUUCACCUCACUGCGCUUCCUGGUGGAGCCUGCCGAUGCCGUCACUAUGCGGGGAGGGAAUGUCCUCCUUAACUGCUCUGCAGAGUCUGACCAAGGAGUCCCAGUCAUUAAGUGGAAGAAAGAUGGCAUCCACCUAGCCUUGGGGAUGGACGAAAGGAAGCAGCAACUUCCAAAUGGAUCUCUGUUGAUACAGAACAUCCUUCACUCCAGGCAUCACAAGCCAGAUGAAGGGCUUUACCAGUGCGAAGCGUCUUUGGGGGAGUCUGGCUCCAUCAUCAGCCGGGCAGCAAAAGUUUCAGUAGCAGGGCCACUGAGGUUCCUUUCCCAGACAGAAUCUGUCACAGCCUUCAUGGGGGACACUGUGCUACUCAAGUGUGAAGUCAUCGGGGAGCCCAUGCCAACCAUACACUGGCAGAAGAACCAGCAAGACCUGACUCCAAGCCCCGGGGACUCCCGGGUGGUGGUUUUGCCCUCUGGAGCAUUGCAGAUCAGCAAACUCCAGCUGGGGGACAUUGGGAUCUAUCGCUGCCUGGCACGGAACCCAGCCAGCUCCCGGACAGGCAACGAAGCAGAAGUGAGAAUUCUCUCAGACCCAGGGCUGCACAGGCAGCUGUAUUUUCUGCAACGACCGUCUAAUGUAGUAGCCACUGAAGGAAAAGAUGCUGUCUUGGAGUGUUGUGUUUCAGGCUACCCUCCUCCGAGUUUUACUUGGUUACGAGGAGAGGAAGUCAUCCAACUCAGGUCCAAAAAGUAUUCUUUAUUAGGUGGAAGCAAUUUGCUCAUCUCCAAUGUGACAGAUGAUGACAGUGGGACCUAUACCUGUGUUGUCACAUAUAGAAAUGAGAAUAUCAGUGCCUCUGCAGAGCUCACAGUCUUGGUUCCUCCAUGGUUUUUAAUUCAUCCUUCCAACCUCUACGCGUAUGAAAGCAUGGACAUUGAGUUUGAAUGUGCGGUCUCUGGAAAGCCUAUCCCGACAGUCAAUUGGAUGAAGAAUGGCGAUGUGGUCAUCCCGAGUGAUUACUUUCAGAUAGUGGGAGGAACCAACUUGCGGAUCCUUGGUGUGGUGAAAUCAGAUGAAGGCUUUUAUCAGUGCGUGGCAGAAAGUGAGGCUGGAAAUGGCCAGACCAGUGCACAACUCAUUGUCCCUAAGCCUGCUAUCCCAAGCUCCAAUGUCCUUCCUUCUGCUCCCAGAGAUGUCGUCCCUGUCUUGGUUUCCAGUCGGUUUGUCCGUCUCAGCUGGCGCCCACCUGCCGAAGCAAAAGGGAACAUUCAAACCUUCACAGUAUUUUUCUCCAGAGAAGGUGACAACAGGGAACGAGCAUUGAACACAUCCCAGCCCGGGUCCCUUCAGCUUACUGUAGGAAACCUGAAGCCAGAAGCCAUGUACACCUUCCGAGUUGUAGCCUAUAAUGAAUGGGGACCAGGGGAGACUUCUCAACCCAUCAAGGUGGCCACUCAGCCCGAGUUGCAAGUUCCAGGGCCAGUAGAAAACCUACAAGCUAUAUCUACCUCACCUACCUCAAUUCUAAUUACCUGGGAACCCCCUGCCUAUGCAAAUGGUCCAGUCCAGGGUUACAGAUUGUUCUGCACUGAGGAAGCCACAGGAAAAGAACAGAAUAUCGAAGUUGAUGGACUGUCUUAUAAACUGGAAGGCCUGAAAAAAUUUACGGAAUAUACUCUUCGAUUCCUAGCUUACAAUCGUUAUGGACCAGGCAUCUCUACCGAGGACAUAACUGUGGUGACGCUCUCUGACGUGCCGAGUGCCCCACCACAGAACAUCUCCCUGGAAGUGGUUAACUCAAGGAGCAUCAAAGUAAGCUGGCUGCCUCCUCCCUCAGAAACACAAAAUGGAUUUAUUACAGGCUAUAAAAUUCGACACAGAAAAACACCCCGAAGGGGGGAGAUGGAAACCCUGGAGCCGAACAACCUUUGGUACCUGUUCACAGGAUUAGAGAAAGGAAGUCAGUACAGUUUCCAAGUGUCAGCUAUGACAGUCAACGGCACUGGACCACCUUCCAACUGGUAUACAGCCGAGACCCCCGAGAAUGACCUUGAUGAGUCUCAAGUUCCUGACCAGCCAAGCUCCCUUCAUGUGAGGCCCCAGACCAACUGCAUUAUUAUGAGCUGGACUCCUCCCCUGAACCCAAACAUUGUUGUUCGAGGCUACAUCAUUGGUUACGGAGUGGGCAGCCCUUAUGCGGAGACAGUACGUGUGGACAGUAAGCAGCGAUAUUAUUCCAUUGAGAGGUUAGAGUCAAGUUCGCAUUAUGUAAUCUCCCUGAAAGCUUUUAACAACGCGGGGGAAGGAGUGCCUCUUUAUGAAAGUGCCACCACUAGAUCGAUCACAGAUCCCACUGACCCAGUUGAUUAUUAUCCUUUGCUUGAUGAUUUCCCCACCUCGGUCCCAGAUAUCUCCACCCCCAUGCUCCCACCAGUAGGUGUACAGGCUGUGGCUCUUACCCAUGAUGCCGUCAGGGUCAGCUGGGCCGACAACUCUGUCCCUAAGAACCAAAAGACAUCGGAGGUGCGCCUCUACACUGUCCGGUGGAGGACCAGCUUCUCUGCAAGUGCGAAAUACAAGUCAGAAGAUACAACAUCUCUGAGUUAUACAGCAACAGGCCUCAAACCAAACACAAUGUACGAGUUCUCGGUCAUGGUAACAAAAAACAGAAGGUCAAGCACGUGGAGCAUGACUGCGCAUGCCACGACGUACGAAGCAGCCCCGACCUCUGCCCCCAAGGAUUUGACAGUCAUUACUCGAGAAGGAAAGCCCAGGGCUGUCAUCGUGAGCUGGCAGCCUCCCCUGGAAGCCAAUGGAAAAAUUACGGCUUACAUCUUGUUUUACACCUUGGACAAGAACAUACCAAUUGACGAUUGGAUUAUGGAAAUAAUCAGUGGUGAUCGGCUGACCCAUCAAAUCAUGGAUCUCAACCUUGACACCAUGUAUUACUUUCGAAUUCAAGCUCGGAAUGCUAAAGGCGUCGGGCCGCUGUCUGAUCCCAUUCUCUUCAGAACACUGAAAGUGGAACACCCUGACAAGAUGGCGAAUGACCAAGGUCGUCAUGGAGAUGGUGGCUAUUGGCCAGUAGAUACUAAUUUGAUUGAUAGAAGCACUCUCAAUGAGCCACCCAUCGGGCAGAUGCACCCUCCACAUGGCAGCGUCACCCCUCAGAAGAACAGCAACCUGCUUGUCAUCACCGUCGUCACCGUGGGCAUCAUCACAGUGCUGGUCGUGGUGAUCGUGGCUGUGGUCUGCACCCGGCGCUCUUCGGCCCAGCAGAGAAAGAAACGGGCCACGCACAGUGUGGGCAAGAGGAAAGGCAGCCAGAAAGACCUCCGACCCCCUGACCUGUGGAUCCACCAUGAAGAAAUGGAGAUGAAAAAUAUUGAGAAGCCUUCAGGUACCGACCCGACUGGAAGGGACUCCCCCAUCCAAAGCUGCCAGGACCUCACACCCGUCAGCCACAGCCAGUCAGAAACCCAGCUGGGGAGUAAAAGCACCUCUCAUUCAGGUCAAGACACUGAAGAAGCAGGGAGCUCCAUGUCCACCCUGGAGAGGUCACUGGCUGCACGCCGAGCCACCAGGGCCAAGCUCGUGAUUCCCAUGGAUGCUCAGUCCAGCAAUCCUGCUGUCGUCAGCGCCAUCCCAGUGCCAACCCUAGAAAGUGCCCAGUACCCAGGGAUCCUUCCAUCUCCCACGUGUGGAUACCCCCACCCACAGUUCACUCUCCGGCCUGUGCCAUUCCCGACACUCUCAGUGGACCGAGGUUUCGGAGCAGGAAGAAGUCAGUCUGUGAGUGAGGGACCAACCACACAGCAGCCACCUAUCCUGCCCCCAGCCCAGCCUGAGCACCCCAGCGGUGAGGAGGCGCCCAGCAGAACCAUCCCCACAGCCUGCGUCCGACCGACUCACCCGCUUCGCAGCUUUGCUAACCCUUUGCUACCUCCACCUAUGAGUGCAAUAGAGCCGAAAGUCCCUUACACACCGCUUCUGUCUCAGCCAGGACCUACUCUUCCCAAGACCCAUGUUAAAACAGCCUCUCUUGGUUUGGCUGGAAAGGCAAGAUCCCCAUUGCUUCCUGUGUCUGUGCCAACAGCCCCUGAAGUGUCUGAAGAGAGCCACAAACCAUCGGAAGACCCAGCCAGUGUAUAUGAACAAGAUGACCUGAGUGAACAAAUGGCAAGUUUGGAAGGGCUUAUGAAACAACUUAAUGCCAUUACGGGCUCGGCCUUUUAACACACAGGGCCAAAUUGAUGAGGCCGAUUUCCCGGGAAUUUUGCAGCAUACCAGUUACCCAUAAGCAGCACAUCUGUGUCCAAGAACUCCCACCACUGUACAGGUCAACCACUAGGACCACUUGGCUAAGGAAGACCCAGGCAUCAUUCAGACGGAAUAAACAGCUUUUCUUCCAUAGGUGUCAGGAGUGUUGAAAAUGAUGUAUAUGGGUCCUGAGAGCAAAGCAGAGAUGCUUCCAUCCACACUGCA